GUCCCGGGCGCCCGGAGUUGCCCCAUCGUGAGCUGGGAAUGCCGGGCGGGCGAAACCAUGGAGUCGCGAGCCACGGAUGGUUACUUCCUCGGCGACGUGGGUUUCUGGGUGGAACGCACCCCGGUGCACGAGGCGGCCCAGCGGGGCGAGGCCCUGCAGCUGCAGCAGCUGAUAGAGCGCGGCGCCUGCGUCAACCAGGUCACGGUGGACUCCAUCACGCCCCUGCACGCCGCCAGUCUCCAGGGCCAGGCGCAGUGCGUGCAGCUGCUGCUGGCUGCCGGGGCCCAGGUGGAUGCCCGCAACAUUGACGGCAGUACCCCGCUCUGCGACGCCUGUGCCUCUGGGAGCCUCCAGUGCGUGAAGCUUUUGCUCUCUCACGGGGCGAAGGUCAACCCACCCCUGUACACAGCCUCCCCCCUGCACGAGGCCUGCAUGAGCGGGAGUUCGGAAUGCGUGAGGCUUCUUAUUGAUGUCGGGGCCAAUCUUGAAGCGCACGAUUGCCAUUUCGGGACUCCUCUGCACGUUGCCUGUGCAAGGGAGCAUCUGGACUGUGUCAAGGUGCUGCUCAAUGCAGGGGCCAACGUGAACGCAGCAAAGCUUCACGAGACAGCCCUUCACCACGCGGCCAAGGUGAAGAACGUGGACCUCAUCGAGAUGCUCGUCGAGUUCGGAGGCAACAUCUAUGCCAGAGACAACCGCGGGAAGAAGCCCUCGGAUUACGCGUGGAGCAGCAGCGCCCCGGCCAAGUGCUUCGAGUACUACGAAAAGACACCUCUGACCCUGUCACAGCUUUGCAGAGUGAGCUUGAGGAAGGCUGCUGGCGUCAGAGGGCUGGAGAAAAUUGCAAAGUUGAACAUCCCUCCUCGGCUCAUAGACUACCUUUCCUACAACUAAGCCGCAGAGACCAGAGCCUAAGGGCAGACUGGGGACUUAGCGUUGGACUGAAGAGGUGUAAUUGCUCUAGAAAGAGUGACGUUCCCUUGAGUCCUCGUUGGCGUGUUUGUUUCAUCUUUCCUCCAGAAUUCCUGGACUGUAUUUCCAAGGCAGUGAAAAGGCCCUGCCUCAGCUUCUGUUCUGUGUGGAACCCUGGGCCGGUACAGCCUGGAACUUGCACUUGAACCCCAGUGGGGUCACGGAGGUCCAGCUCUCCUCUUUCACCACCUUCCUCAGAGGGACAGAUUGCUCUAGGAGGAAAGGGGCUGGGGAUUCAGGGCGCUGCGGGUGGGUUUCACCUGCCUGGGAGGAACGGUGCAGCAGCCCUGAGUCUCGGACCCCUGAAUCUCACUCCAAUUCAUCUCUGCCCGUCUGUGAUCAAAGGGAGGGGCCUGUGCUCCAGAGGCUGUGCGGAAUGGAAGGUGAGCGUCCUGACCACGUGGUCCGGAGUGGCUGCUUUGCUGACAUCCUGUCAUCUGGAUGCUUAUUAUUAUUUUUUUUUUCCUGGAACAAUAAUUGGCACUUUCCAAGGUCCCCCUGCACUGAGGCGUAUGCCUCACUCAGGGAGCGUUCCAUGGAUCUUGGUAGGGGAAGGAGGCUCCUUAUUCUCCACACCCAGCACAGUGUUUCUUAGGAAGUUUUUCUUCCAUUUUAGGUCUUAACUCUUAAAAAGUUUAUGUAAGAUUAAAAGAAAACUUGUAGGAGAUAUAUAGGCUGUAACACUAAGGUACUGUUAAUGUGUCUUUAAAAUAAAAGGUAAUGUGAAGACAUGUUAGCGUAUAUUCUCAUGGUUGUUAAGUCCUUUCCAACGUAAAGGAUGGUUAGAAAACUCUAGGGAUUAUUUUUAAUUGGUUUUUGCAGUGGUCAAGUGAAUUCUUCUCCCAUCCUAAGUUUUGCCAACUCCUUGAAGCUCUAAAAUUAGAAGUCACCAGUAUGCAGUGGGUACUACCAAGCAUUUACUUGUGCAUUUAGCAGAUAUUUAUGGAACAUCUGUUAUGCUUAACUGGGAAGGAAUCAGGCUCAUUUAUCAGAGGCAGGAGAAGAAAGGUUUGUUCUGCAAUUUGUUCCCAUAGUAAUAAAAAUAGCACUAGAUCUUUGUUAUAAAACACAAGGUGAAACAUUAAGUAGUGUAUUCAGACUGCAUUUACUUGCUUAAGAUUCUGUAUCUUAGUUUUUAUUUUUAACCAGAGAGUUAAACUAGCAGAAUUUUGCAUAAUUCGUUCAGGUAUAUAUUUGAUUUCUGGGGAAACAGAGAAGACACCGUUUGCGAACAGUAUUUGGGUCCUGCCUGAAGCCAGUGUACCCAGAAACGGGAAAAUUUUGGUCACCAGAUACUCCCAGGACCUGCCUGGGCCUUCCGUCCCCCAAGAGUAUGUGAAAAACAAUGAGAUCGAAUUGGCCAAGAAGAUACUCAUUGCACUACACGACCAGAGGCAUUGCAUCUCUUUGCAUGGUUACUUGGGACCACAGGUCUGGGGAAAAUUUGCAUGCUGGCUGCCUUAGGUAUUGUUCAUCUCCGACGCUUUAGCCUUUUUUAUCGUGGUGCUUCAUCUCAUCCCGCUCCUAUUCGGUUACAGUCUCAAAUAUAAGCUCUGGGUAAACGGAUAUGUUGGAUGUAACCAUACAAAUAAAAAACUCUGAGUUUUGCCCCUUU